AUGGAGGGGGCAGCAGAGACCCUCGAGCAGAUGCAGGCCCGGCACCGCAAGGAGCUCAAGGAUCUGCAGGGGAAGGUGACGAGCAAGAAGAAGAACGCCACCAAGAAGACGCGCAAGGGCGUCAACGACGAGUGCGCCGAGAUGGAGCGCUCGACGAGGGAGAGGCACGCCGCCGAGGUGGCUGCCCUCACCGGCGGCGGCGGCGGCGGGGAUGCGGACGAGGACGAGGGCGAGGAGGAGAGCAAGCUGGAGAAGCUGGAGGGGAAGCUGGAGGAAGUGCUCGAGAAGGCGACGGAGAAACUGCACAUUACCCCUCCGACGACGACGACGACGAACGGCCAGCUGAGCGAGAAUAAUAAUGGUGGGGGUAAGAAGCGGAACCGCCAGAAGGAGCGGCUGGCUCGCCGCGCGGCGGAGCAGGAGGCCGCGGCAGUCCGGGCGGAGGAGGAGGCGUCGGGGAUGACGGACCACCGGGCGCGCGAGAACGAGUACAUGAAGAAGACGUUCGAGGCGUCCGGCCUGGUGGAGAAGGAGAUUGCGCCGGACGGGCACUGCCUCUUCUCCGCGGUGGCGGACCAGCUGCGCCAGAACGAGGUCUCCCUGGGGGAAACGGAGGGCGAGCCGGAGUACAAGGCUGUGCGGAGGGCGGCGUCGAGCUACAUGGUGGAGAAUGCGGACGACUUCGCGCCGUUCUUGGAGGAGGAUCUGGAGCCGUACGCGGUCAAGAUGCGAGAUACGGCUGAGUGGGGAGGGCAGCUGGAGUUAAUGGCACUGGCGAGGCGGUACGGAGUCGAGAUCCGUGUUAUCCAGGAUGGAAGGACGGAAAAGAUUGGCGAGGAAGAGGGGAAAGCGUCGGGCAAGACGAUAUGGCUGGCGUACUACAGGCACGGCUACGGGCUUGGAGAGCAUUACAACUCGUUGAGGAAAACGACGUGA